AUGCAGGACGCAUCAUUCCCGUUCCCGGCCGCCAUGGGCCCGUGGGCGCCACCGCAAGUACCGUGGCCACAACCACCGCAAUUACCGUGGCCACAACCACCGCAAGCACUGUGGCCACAACCACCGUGGCCACAACCACCGCAAGCACCAUGGCCACAACAACCGCAAGCACUGUGGCCCUAUCAGAUGCCGCUGCCUGGAUUGCCUGGACCCGUCGUAGCGUACCAGCCCCCCGUGCCGCAACUGCAGCCACUGCAGAAUGCGCCGGCCCAUUACCAAGCCAACCCAGCACAAGCGCCAGCAGCAGUACAAGUACCAGCCCAAGGACCGCCGCCUCAGCCACUGUCGCAACUGCAGCCAGCACCGGUCCAAGCGCCAGCACCGGUCCAAGCGCCAGCACCGGUCCAAGCGCCAGCACCGGUCCAAGCGCCAGCACCGGUCCAAGCGCCAGCACCAGUUCCACGAGGACCAGCCCAAGCACCAGUGCUGCAAGACCCGGCUAUACAGCCCGUAGUACAAGCCGUUCAGCGCCAAGUCCCGGUACAAGCUGCUGUUCCGGUCCAAGGCCCGCAGCAUCAGGUUGCGGUCCAGAACCAAGGCCCGCAGCAUCACGUUCCGGAACAGUCCCAGGGUGGCCGGCAACCUGUCCAAUUGCCAUGGACGAUGCCUCCACCGGGGUAUGGGCGAACAUACGCCCAGGUCCUGGCAGGACAGUCGCUGCAAAGAACGCGAUCAAUCAGUCGGCAGCGCUAUGACCGUCAACAACAGCCGCGGCAACAAGUUCAGCAACACCAACACCAACAGCAACAACCACGCCAGCAACAGCAGCAGCCAACCCCACGCCAACUCAACCAACAGCAACAGGUACAAACCCAACAGCAGCAACAGCAAUCCCAACUCCAACAGCAUCAACCACGCCAACUCAACCAACAGCAACAGGAUCAAACCCAACAACAGCAACAGCAACCCCAACUCAACCAACAGCAACAACCACGCCAACUCAACCAACAGCAACAGGAUCAAACCCAACAACAGCAACAGCAACCCCAACUCAACCAACAGCAACAACCACGCCAACUCAACCAACAGCAACAGGAUCAAACCCAACAACAGCAACAGCCACCCCAACUCAAACAGAAACAGGUACAAACCCAAUCUCAGCAACCGCAACAACCCGAUCAACAGCAACCAUCGACUUCGGGAACUUCAACUCCAAUCUUGGACAACAAAACCCCGACAAAACCCAAGACGCCUAAAACACCAAAAAUAAUAAAACUUCCCGACGAUUCCAUCUCGCAACAUGAAAGUGAAUAA